AUGUUUCAGUGGUCGCGCCUCACAGCGUCGACCCGUCGUGCGCGUCCUUCUGCCGCCUGUGCUCUCUCUGCAGCGUCCGCCGAAGUGCUCGACGAGCUCGUGGGACACGCAACGCCGCAAUGCGCUCGUCACAUGGACGAUCCUCUGCGGCUCGUGGCGAUUGGCUGUCCCGUAGAGAGAGUCCCGAACGUCCACGCGACAGCACUGGUCCAUCCGCACGCAGACGUCGGACCCGACGUGGUGAUUGGCCCGUACUGCGUGGUUGGCCCCGACGUGAUGCUGCAACAAGGAGUCCAUCUACAGAGCCACGUUGUGAUCGACGGCAAAACGCGCGUUGGUUGUGGCACUAUAGUGUACCCAUUUGCAAGUCUAGGAGGCGCCCCGCAGGACAAGAAACAUGACUUGGAUGUUGCAGCAGCUGCAGACGAGUGGACGCUCACGAUUGGUCGCAAUUGUGUAGUCCGCGAGCGUGUGACCGUUCAUGGCCGCACGUCGUACUCGUCGUGUCCGACGACGAUCGGCGAUGAUUGCUGGCUGCUCUGUGGCGCGCACAUUGCGCACGAUGCGCAGCUAAAGAGACGAGUUGUCGUCUCGAACGACGUGUGCGUUGCUGGACAUGUGACGAUUGGAGACGGAGCGGUUAUUGGUGGACAAGUGGGGCUCAAGCAGCACGUGACUGUAGGUCCGCUGGCCAUGGUAGGCGGACAGAGUGCAGUGGACGGGGACGUGCUGCCGUAUGGCUUAGUCAUGGGCAAUCGAGCAAAGUUAGUCGGACUGAAUCUUGUCGGCUUGCGUCGUGCCGGAGUGUUACGAAGCGAGAUCAAGCUAUUGCUGCAAGCGUACCGCUACAUUUUUGGCCGUGGCUGCGUGAACACGGGUUUUGCUCCUGCACUCGAUUUGGCGUACAGGGAAACGACAGUCGAUCGCGCUGUGGAGGCAAAACGCUUUUUCCAUCAAGAAGGGCUGGAUAGUGGGCGUAUACCCAUGGUUCACGAGAUGGUGGACUUUGUCGUGACUUCUUCGCAGCGCUUUCAUUCGUCGUUGUGUCACGCGGUGAUCGCGACCCGUUCGCAUUAG